AUGACGGUGGUUUUAUGGAGCAAUGUGUUGAGGAGAAAAGAUAGAACAGUUACAGUCUUCAGCCUGUGGAAUAAGGAGAAGGAAGCAGUUAAGAAGUGGAAGAAUGCAGAUCGCAUACGACUGAUCUAUCUGGCCAUCAUUCUCUGUGUGGUUUUAGCGAGAGAUGAGAAGGCUAAUAUCCCCCUCAAAUACAUCAAGGUGGUCAUGGAUAUUGAGAAGGUUCGAAAGUAUCCUUGGGGGGUUGCUGCUUAUGACCUUCUCUGCAACUCCAUAGCCAAAACCCGUGACAACCUGAAGGAUAAGACUACUAGUUAUGUGUUGGAUGGAUUCUCAUACGCCUUCCAGAUUUGGGCAAUGGAAGCUGUACCAAAGAAUGGGAAGCUAUGUGGAAAGAAACUUGACAAAGGUUUCACGAAAGGUCCUAGAUGCAUUAACUGGAUGGGAGAUGGAAAGGAUGACAUCUAUGCUUAUAUCGACUGGGGAGGAAAUUAUGAUGUAGUCCAAGCUGAUGCUUUUGGCAGAGAUGAUGAUGUGGAGGAUGACAGAAUCAAGAACCUGAUGGAGUUGAUAAGAACUGGACAUGAUUUUAGUGACCAUAUUUGGGAAAUCGAAGAAGCUCCAGAGGUUUGUUCAGAUCUACAUGAUGAAGCACUUGUGAAUGAUGAAUCGACUGUGAAUGAUGAAGCGGCUGAGAGUGAUGAAGACUACCAUACUCCAAAGGGAUCAAAGAACCUAGGCGCUACAUCAAGAAGGGGUAAGAAGAGGCUUCCGGAUCGUGGUAUGGAAAAAAGGAAGCAUAAGGUUCUCUCCUCUGGUCCUAAGCAAGCACCUUUUAAUGAAGACAUGAAGGCUUUUGUGGCACAGUUGUUUGAGCAGAGUUUCUCGGGAAUGGAACAGCGGCUACAAAGACAGAUGGCUGAGACAUUUGAGAAUAUGAGGACAUAG